AUGGCGUGGAGAGUCUGGCGAGGAAUUAAGACUUCAGUAGUCCUGAUCGUCCUCGGCGGCGUCCUCUUACCAACGGCCUACCUGUACAUGGACGCCGUCUUCGAGAAGAGCGGCCUCCCUUCCCUCGCCGGCCUCCGGAAGCCUGAAGACCCGCCGAAGAAGAUCGUCAUCUACACCAGGUUCUUCGGGAGGAUUUGGGAUCAGGGCGCCUACACGGACCUGGCCUCCUACGGGUGCCCGGAGACGAGGUGCGUCUUCUCCUUCAACCGGAGCGAGGCCGAGGACGCUGACGCCGUUCUCUUCCACUCGGAGGACUUCAAGCCGGAGGACAUCCCCCAGCGACGCCGUCCUCGCCAGCGGUACAUCUGGAGGAGCCAAGAGGGCCCUUUCCGCCAGCGCAACGUCGGCGGCGAGAGGCACUUCUACAACUGGACCUACACGUACCACAGGGCGUCCGAGCUGUUCUUCCCGUACGGCGCCCUCGUCCCUCUCCAAGGUAGUGUACUUGCUGCCCUUCGUGUGGCUCUUCCGUGCUCCUCAGCGGGGGCGGCGCGCGUGCGGAGUGAAGAGGAGAGCUGUGCCUCAAAAUGA